GAAUGGAAAGCGAGCUCGAUCGGAGCAAGGAGAAAGCUCCGGUGGCGUUUGGGAGGCGAGCGUGAGAUCGGGCAAACGGAGAACCAAAACGUUCUGGGCGGCAAAAGGCACAGAGAGGGAGGAGCCGGAUGCUGCAACGGGCAGCACGGGGGAGGUUGUGUCGGAUGCAGCUGAGGAGAGGGGGCGGGAAAUGGAGAGCGCUCCCCAGGUCGAUGAUCGGAACGCGUUCUCGAUUCCGGUGUGUAACCUCUGCGUGUGCCCCUCGAACGUGUGCACGCAUGGUGCCUCUCGCGGUGCUGCGACGGUGUUGCCCAUGGAAGCUGAGGGCGUGCAGAUGGAAGUGCCCAAACUCGUUCGCCCGACGGACUCCUGGCAGGUCCACGACCCCGAGGUGUCGCUGCUGCAAAGGCCUGUUCGAGUCAGCGAGCUCACGGCCCGGGAUUUCGAAGAGCUUAGUGAUGCAAAGAGUUUUUCCGCCCCGUGCCCGCGAGCGCCACCUCUUUGCCGGACCAGAUGGUUGGGGUUGUGGCAGAGUGCACAAAUAUACGACUUGUAUUGGUCGCAAGAGGUCAAGCUCCGGAUCUAUUGCUGCGCGUGCCCCGAGAAGCAUACCGUUCAUUUUAAUGGAGAGGCGUUCGGACUGUACGCAUGGACGCGAGGGCUGAUCGUCACACAAGCCGCGUGUCAAAUGCUGCUACGAUCCGUUCAGAAAUCAGGAGCUGCUUUCAGCUCGCUCGUCGCAGCUGGAAAUGAUGUGCGGCGCCAAUACAACCCCGAUGCGACACUCUUGUCGGAGGAGUGUUGGCGUGCCGCAAGCUGCCGGCGGCAGUUACGGCACAUGCCGUCAGGGUGUGCCGCUCCGGCAGUCAUCGAGGUGCCGCAGCCUGCCGUUCGGUUGUGUUGGUGCCGGCAGGCAGCCGUCCUGGUGCCGAGACGGCAGGAGCGGCACAGCGGAGGAAAACUGAGCGAAGCAAAGCGAAGUUUCCGCCCCGACUUCGCUCCGCUCAGGGGGGCUCCAACUUUGCUUUGCUUCGCUUAG